AUGUCACGCCGCCCGCUGUCGAUAUACGCGCUACCGAACGAGAUACUCUGCGAAAUCUUCAGCAUCCUUGCCACAGCCGAGCCGACACCAAUCAAGCGGGAGGAACGCCGAUAUCAUGUCUGGCCACCCACCGCCUCGCGCGUCGACCUCGUGAAGGAGCUGGGUUGGAUCCGCAUGAGCCAUGUGUGCCGUCGAUGGAGGGAGGUGCUCUUGAAGAUGUCGGACCUCUGGGCUCGCAUCGUGUUCUCGUAUCCCAACCGGAAGGCCCUCUCUACACUCCUCGCCAGAGCCGCAGACGCUCCCUUGGACAUUACUAUCUCCGAAAGGUCAUACGACGCACCCAAGUUGAAACCCGAGCAGGAAGAAUUAGCCUUGAGGUGCAUACCGAGGGCGCAAUCUCUGACGUUGCAACACACCAUGGAACCGAAACUACUACAGUGCUUCCCCGCCGAGCCAAUGCCACACCUUCGCCGUCUUGAUCUGCACCUCGACUACAAUACUUCAAACUACCUUUCCAGACGCGGGCAGUCUGAUAGCACUGCGAACGUGAAACCGUCCACCGAUGCCAAACUACGGAUCUACGCCCCGAAUCUCGAGAUUGCGACGUUGACCUUCAAGCGGAGCAAAAUCGGCUCGGUUUACUCGGACGUAUCAGUCAUACCCGAACUUCGCUUUAAAUUCCCCGCUCUGCGCCAUCUCGAUGUGCGUGUCAAAGACCAGACGCACGAUAUCACCGACCUUUACUGGCUGGCCAGCCUUCUACGAUCGUCACCUCUCAUCGAGAGACUCUCAUUUCGCUUGCAACUGGAGAAGGCCAGGCCUAACUGGGACAAGCUUUUCGACGUGAACCCUUUCCGCCUCAAGCACCUCAAGCACCUCAAGUUCGAGGAGAGCGCCAAAGCACACCUCGCGCCUUUCAUGCACCACAUCUGCCGCAGCUCACAGCUCGUCUCCCUCGACGCUCAUUUCGGUACCUUCAUGGGGAUGACGACCACUUACGGCGACGAGGAGUCCGAGGCAGCGAAGUUCGUGGAAGGGUUCUCCGGGCAGCUCUGUCGCCCCCAGGAUCGCGCGUUCGCGAUCUCGACGCCGAGCGAGGUGCUAGGGAUAGCAUUGCUGUCCGGCCCCGCAUUGGACGACCCGGCGAAGUUUAUAAAGCGCGAGGACCGACCGCCGGAUUUGGAUGCUGGUGUAGAAGUCGGGCUUGCGCUCGGAAGGUCCUCGGGAUCAUACUCGUGGUUCGACUACCUUGUGGAGGGCGUGCAAAACUCCAAACAGAUCGAGCAAGUUUACAUUGACCUCAACUCGACGAACAACAACUACAGCGAUUGGAUGGAGGAUAUCCAGGAGAACCUGCUCGUGCAUAUGACGGCGGUGCGGACGCUUUAUCUUUCAGAGGGCUUCUCUGAAGGUGCGUCUGGCUUGGACGCGUUGGGUGUUCUCGAGCUUGGGGACGAUUACGAUGGGGUGAUAUUCCCCCGUCUGGAGACGUUGCUCGUCCGCGUCGAGCUGGACAGUACGGAGGGACCGUACACUUCGAAGGGGACGAUACGCGAGAGAUAUGAGGAGUACUGGGAGACGCUCGUGUCGACCCUCGAGAGUCGUCACGAAGAGGGUGCACCCAUCCGUACUUUGCGCAUACUGGGUACUUGGAAGUCGGAGGCCGUGCGCGAGAUGUUGCGGGAGUUAGAGGAUGAGAUGUUGGCACGGGCUACGGAUGUGGUCGAGGAUGUUGUGGAUGAGCGGGUCGUAGUCCCGAAACAGAAGCGUCGGCGCCGUUACGAAUUGGAUGGUAGCGACGAAGAUGAACAUCAGUUUAUGACGAUCAAUUCUUUUAGUUAG